AUAGCCUAUAAAGCGGAGAACACGUGUUUUUCACAAGCGGCUUAAAUCUCAAGAUUCUCAAUAAAUCGAAUACGGAUAAAGUGACUUCUACGAUUAUAGUUAAACACAUUCAAUAGCACUUGAAAUAUAAACAGCGGUAAACUAUGGCGGAUCCUAAUGACCCAGGAGGAGGUAAAUUGACCAGAGAAGCUAACACCCCACAUCUGAUUUACGAAUACGUAGGAGGCGACGCUGCACCUUUCAGAGUAAUAGUAGAGUUACUAGACUCAGAAAAUGGAACGAAAACGAUCAAUAAACUAUCGCUCGAAAAAAUAUUAUCAAAAAUACCAGCAUAUUGCCAGAACAUUUUAAAUUUAAAACCACUUGGACGUAAUAAACUUUUGGUUCUCCUGAAAUCCGGAGUAAUUGUCAACAAAAUGCAAGCAGGUGUCACAUUUAGAAGCAAUAAGUUACCGACUGAAGUUAGAAUUUUUGCUGCAAUAACUAUGUUAAACCGUUCAUAAGCAAGGCUACAUUCUGCACUAAGUGCCUGAGAUAUAACCACAACUCUACCAACUGUAGAUCACGACAGCGAUGCGGAUUGUGUGCGAAAUUCCACGAAGGAGACAACUACAACCAAUGCGAGAAUACUGUGAAAUGCCUACAUUGUCGAGCGGAAGGACACCAGACUGGAGAUUACAAAUGUCCAGAAAGAACGCGGCAGAACAAUCUUAAAAUCAUAAUGGCGAAAACAAAUUUAACAGUUGUGGAAGCGCGAGAGCAAUUCCCAAUCUACACACAGAACCAAUACAAUUUACUUGAAAACUACGAAGAACAUCCCACAUUGACAGAGACUUAUGCUGAUAAAGUCAAAAGCAAUAUAAAAGCAAUACCACCGAAACUUCGAUCACAAAACACAAAGCGAGGAUCAGAGGACAAUAACAGAGGAAACAUGACGCAGACUCAUACAGACAAAAAGCGAAAAACUACACAGGAAGCUGCAACUAAUGGAGUAGCACUAUCCAACAGAUAUAAAGUCGACGAAAAAGAAAAGCAAGCAUGGAAGAGAGACAUGAAAGCAAGUAAAGUAAUAGAAAACCGGACAGUGUCAGGUCGUAUGGAGUACGUAGAAGAACACCAAGAUACUUCGGAUGACGAGGACCAAGACCUGGAGUACCAAGAUAACAGAAAAUCAAUAUUAUCAACAUCUCUGAGACUACCAGAAGAGGGAAUUUAUGAAGAACAGGACACGGAAAUGGAAGUAUUAAAAUAUGGUAUUGGAAGCCGACAUUUAAUCGUCAAAAUAGAAAUACAGGCAGAAACAACAGUGAAAAAAUGGUUUGUGAACAGGCAACGAAUCGAAGAACAAAUGAAAACCCUAGAAAGCGAAAAUAUUUCAACUGUAAGAGAUUUGCAAAGGGAGAUGAAACAAAUAAUUCAAAGUGCCAGACAAAAAAGUAAAUACGAACCCAAGUUUUGGUGGAACGAAGAAAUCGAAGAAGCAUGGAAAGAAAAAAAAAAUUGAGAGAAAGGUUCAACAGAAGUGGCGUUUUAGAAGAUCUUCUAAAAUUCAAAAAAUCGGAAUGUCAAUUUAAUCGCAUAAAACACAAAGCAAAAGUAAAAAAAUUCAGGGAAUUUGCCGAAGAGAUAGACCCCAAGACAAGCACCAAAGAAAUCUGGGAAAAAAUAAAUAGAUUAACCGGGAAACGUAGAAAAGCAGAAAUCUACCCAGAACAUCAACAUGGGCCUACCGAGUACGACAUACUACCAGUUGAGCGAUGGAACAAAAUACUUAGCAGACGAACGUAAUCAACAGCCCUGGAUCUCAUCGGAAUCACAUACAAAAUGCUGCGAGAUCUGAAGGGAGACAUAGCCGAUAAUAUCAGGCGGGAUCUAAACAAAAUGUGGAGAAACGGAAGAAUAGAUAACGAACUAAAGAAAAUCAAAGUAAUUGCAGUUCCCAAACCUGGGAAAGACCCAGAAGUCGUUGCUAAUCUAAGACCAAUAGCAAUGAUCAACUGCGUAUUAAAAAUACUCAAUACAGCAGUUCUAGAAGAAUUGGAAAAAUUUCUCACCAAAAAACAUACUCCCUGAGAAUACCUUUGGCUUUAGAAAACACAGAUCAACAGUAACUUGUACCAAUUUUGUUAUAAAUGAAAUAAUGGAAAUCAAACGAAAAAAAAAAUGACAGCAGCAAUCAUCUUCCUGGAUUUAUUCAAUGCAUACAACACAGUAAACAUCAGAACAUUGGAAAGGAUACUACAAAAAUAUUACACACCACGUGAAAUUAUGAUUUGGAUUACAUCAUUUCGGAGAGAAAAAUCCAAAUGCAAGUAGGAGCAGAAAUAGUAUCACGAACUUACAAUUUGCAGACGACUUUGCAGUGAUAGUAGAAGGAGAAACGCAGGAAAUAGUCGAAGAUAGAACACAAAGAUAUUUAAACGAAUUCAUGACGAAGGCAACAGAUCUCAACUUGAAAAUAAACCCUAGUAAGAGCAAAGCGAUGCUGAUGAAAAUGAAUAAGAAAACACUAAAACUGACACUAGAUGGCAAGCCACUAGAAACAGUUAACACACACAAGUACCUGGGAAUACAUUUUGAUAGAGGAUUACGAUUUGGAGCACAUAUACGAGAAAUGAAACGAAGCAUAAUGGAACGAAUGAAUAUGAUAAAAGUGAUAGCUGGAAAUAGACAUGGUGGACACCCGCUAACUUUAGGACUCAUUUAUCACGGGAUAGUUAGAGGAUAUCUAGACUAUGGGGCAUCGAUAUACAACAACGCAAGUAAAUCAAAUCUAGAGGCACUGAUGGUUGCAAACAAUGCUUGCCUGAGGAAGGUGACUGGAUGCUCCAAAACUACGCCAAUCAACACAUUACAUGCAAUAGCAAGCCAAAAACCACUGAACUAUAGAAGAGAACUCAUCACUGGCAAGGAACUAAUCAAACAUGCACAAUAUAACACACCGGUAUACAAACAAAUGAGGCAAAUAGAUGAAACGACAGCUGAGUCCUCCGAACAAACUAAUUUAGAGAAGACAUACUGGUGCUAUAAAUCCUUGGUGGAUAACAUGUCACAGACAACAACAGUACAGACAAAAUCUAUAAUAACGAUUAACACAGAUCUGGGGAGCUUGUGGUCUAAAGCUAACACAUCGGCUAGGGUACUGAAACAAUUAACACUUAACCUAAUCAAUGGCAAAUUUAAAGAUCAUCGCCAAAUCUUCACAGAUGCUUCUAGGAUGGACGAUACAUGUGGCAUUGGAAUAUACGACGAAAAAAGUAAUACUAGAAUUAGCCUGCGACUUGAAAAUCCGGUUUGCUCGAUGUCAGCUGAGAUUGAGGCAAUAUAUGUAGCCCUACAACACAUCGAAAGGAAUCACAUCAAUAAUGCAGUAAUUCUGACUGAUUCGAAAGCAGAAUGUGAAUUCAUCCUCAAUCAAAUAACUAGCAUGGAAAGAGAUGAAGUUAUUCACGAAAUCAUCACAAAGGCGGCAAGAACAAAUACCUGCAUCCAAUGGAUACCGGGACACGUCAACAUUAUGGGGAAUGAGCUAGCGGAUAAAUUAGCCAGAAACGGUUUAAGGAAAGUUAAACUGUCGAAGAACAAAAUAUUCCCACAUGACGCUAUAAAUAUAAUCGAAAACAUAACUACCAUUAAAAUACAGAACUGGUAUGUAAGCUACACACAAGAACUUGGUAAAGGAAGAAAAUUUUUUAACAUCCAAACGGGCAUAAACAAAAAAUCUUGGUACCACAAUCUCUCACUAUCCAACACUGAAACACGCACACUGAACAGAUUAACUUCAGGACAUGAUUAUUCGCCGUACUGGCUAAGCAUAAUGAAGGCCAGUGAAAACCGAUUCUGCACAAUAUGUGACAAACCAAACACUUCCGAGCAUAUAAUUUUACAAUGUACUAAACACAAUUCGCUAAGAAAACAACUGAACCUAGAUAACUAUAAAACAAUACAAGAAGUAUUUACAAACAAGAACAUGGACCAUUUAAGAAAUAUGAUGAAAUUACUUAAGGAAAUUAACAUUCAAGUGUAGUCAUCAACAGCAAUUUUAAACUAAAGCGAGAAACAUUACAGUAGGUCGAAAUGUGACAAAAACUGACUGGCGAUAUAGCGUACCGCUGUGCCAAAACAAAAGUGUGUUAUGACCAAACGUCAACACACUCC